AUGAAGGGAGCAAUCAUUUCCAUGUUGGUUGUUGUAGCCAUGGUUCAAUCAAUCACGGUUAAGCCAGGAGAGGCCAUCACCUGUGGGGACGUGAACUCAGACUUGGCUGCUUGCGUUUCCUAUCUCACCGGAAAAGGUGGUGAUUUCCCUCCACCACAAUGUUGUGCCGGGGUGAACAAAUUGAAGGAAAGUGCUGUCAGCAUUGCAGAUAAGCAAGCUGCAUGUAAAUGUGUCAAGGCAGCCGCUGCUCGCAUCCCAGAUAUGAAGGAUGAGGCUGCAUCCUCUCUCCCUGCCAAGUGCAAGGUUCAAGUGGACUUUCCCAUCUCCAAAAACUUCAAUUGUGCCGAAGUUGAAGGGACCAAGAAUCCAGUGGUUGAGAGAUUGUCUGGUUUGCAAAAAAUAGCUGAAAUUUUGGGGUCUAAAUUCGGUGGUUGUGUUAAUGCUUAUGUCAUUGAGGCACCUGUUUUCAAUGGCCAUUUUUCUGUCUACAGACUUUAUUCCACCUGUGAAUGGAUACGGGGAGCCAAAAUCGUAUAG